UCAGUGAAGCAGGAAGAGAAGCAGAGUUAGAAACCAUCAGCGGCUCAGGAUGAAGGUCUGUCUCACUCUGAUCAGCCUCUUCUUCCUCACAGCUCUGCAGGAUGGAGAAACUGUGAGAACCUACAGAGGAAAGGACGGAGGAAGCAUCACAGUUAGAUGUGAAUUUCGUUACAAAGGAAAGACAAGGUUCUUCUGUAAGGAAACCUGUGAAGGACAAAACAUUCUCAUUCAAACAACCAAAGACAGAGAUGAGAGAGGAAGAUUCAGCAUCAGAUAUGAGAAAAGAAAUAUUUUUAAAUCUGAUUUUCUACAUGUGAGCAUCACAGAUCUGAAAACAACAGACUCAGGACAGUACCUGUGUCGCUCAGAUGAAACCAUUGAUGGAACUUUAUACGAUGAUUUUAAUCUCUUUGUGACUGAAGAUUCUUCAGAACCAAAAUGGACUUCAAGACCUUUUAURGGAUCAACUUUUCUAYCAACAACAACAACAACAACAACAACUCAGAGUCAGAGUUUCUCUCCUUCUCCAUCUGAAACCAUCAAACCCUCUGAAAAUAAAGCUGCAGCUUCAGAUCCACUGCUUUAUGUGGGUCUGGUUCUGGUCGUCCUGAUCGUCUUCUUAGCAGCAACUCUGAUGAUUUUCUGCAAGAGGAAAAACUUUGGUCACCAGAAAGGUCCUCCAGAAGAAACAGAGUAUGCCAACUUCUCUAAGGCUAAAGAUGAUGCAGUAGAGUACUCUGAGGUUCAUUUCCUGAAUGAUGUCUCUACUUCAGCCAGCAGCGCCCCCUGUGGUCAUGCAGAAAACGUCACCUACUCAGAGAUUCAGAUGAACUCUGCAAACCGCAGCGAUGAUUCUGCUCUUUACUCCAACAUUAGUUUACAGCAGUAGCUCUGCUGUGUUUACAGCUAACGGUUUACUGGUUUUAAUUUUUAUAAAAUAGUAAUUGAUAUUUAUAUAUAACUAUGGAAAUAGUUUCAGAAACUGAAAAUUACUGCCAGUAAUUU